UUGAACCGUCUCAGCGCGUGUGGAGCUCGUGUAUGUAACGUCAGCCGCGUGUGGGUGCCAGUGUGACGUCACGUGUGUGUUGGAGGGCGAUCUUAAUAGAUGUUUCUUAUAACUUCAGUGUUAAUAAGGGUUUUCAUCCUAAAUCCAAAUCUAAAACAGAAUUGCUAGCGGGAUGUAUACACAGUCUAUUCUUCAACAGAAUACCUUUGACUGUCUCGCCUGAUUAAUUAACUCUGACAAUGUUGAGGUGACCCUUCCCCUAACAGCCAGAGUCAUUCAGACAGUUGAUCGCUGAGAAGAAUUAUGUUUGCUCGUCUUUAAAGUUCACCAAGAGACGGCUGGACGAAGCUGAUGUGGAGGUCAGAGUGUCUCAGUUAAAGGGCCGAACCUCCUGCGGUUGCCGCUGCAUCCUCCGACCACGGAUAGCGCCGUGGGGGCCUCCGGCUACCGGUGGCGCUGCGGGGAGCUCCAGCCACGGUUGGCGACAUGGCGACCUCCGAGCACUGGUGGCGCUGCGGCGAACUCCUGGUAAGCGCAGGCGCAGUGCCGCCCCCAGGUGAUUUUGGUGGUGUUCCGUUCGGUCGCAGGUUAAAAAUGACAAGGAAUUUGUCUACGGGAAUCUCAAACACAACACGCCAGUUUUGCUGUUUCUGUCCAGAUGUUUAAGAAGUGGAGCAAGGGAUUCACUUGAUCAUCCUUCCUGCUCAGACUGUGGGGAGCGAUUCACUCGAACAUGUGACUGACUUUGAUUUUACACAGGGGGGAGCCCACUCAUCUGAUCAGACAGUGAGAAUGGAUUCAGUCGGUCAUUUCAACUGAAAGUACAUCAGCAAGUUCACACUAGGCAAGGCCAUUCACCUGUUCUGUGUGUGAGAAGGGAUUCAGUCAGUCUUCCCACCAGUGGACACACCAGUUAGUUCACACUGGGCAGAGGUUGGUCAUCUGCUGAAUUUGUGGGAAAGGAUUCUGUCAGUCAUCUGACCUAAUGGCUCACCAGCGAGUUCACACCGGGGAGUGGCUGUUCCCCUGCUCAGACUGUGAGAAGGGAUUCACUUGUUCAUCUAAACUGAAGGUACAUCAGAGAGUUCACACUGGGGAGAAGCCGUUCACCUGCUCAGACUGUGAGAAGGGAUUCACUUGUUCAUCUAAACUGAAGGUACAUCAGAGAGUUCACACUGGGGAGAAGCCGUUCACCUGCUCAGACUGUGGGAAAGGAUUCACUCAGUCAUCCCACCUACAAGCACACCGGUCAGUUCACACAGGGGAGAGGCCAUUCACCUGCUCACUGUGUGGGAAGGGAUUCACUCGGUCAUCUCAACGACAGAGACACCAGCGAGUUCACACUGGGGAGAGGCCGUUCACCUGCUAUGAAUGUGGGAAGCUAUUCACUCAGUCAUCUAACCUUAUGUAACUCUCGCUUCGGCUAGCAGCUUAGUAUAGGGGGUGAUAGCACCCCCAGCCCAGCCAAACUUAAGAAAUCUCGUUUGGGUGGAUGCUGCGUGAUGUGUCCCCUGUUACAAGUCAGUACCUCAAAAUAACAAACGGUACACAAUAUGCGAGUAAAUGAUUGAGCUUUAUAAUUCUUACUUUGACUAUAAGGUUAGUGAAGUAAACAAAAAAAAAGAAAAAGGGCCCACUCUCACCAUUCACGUCUUCUCAUCUCUCCCCAGCAAAAGACCACGAAAAUCUCUCUUCCAGACUCACAAGAAAGAAUAUUUCUCUCCUUGGAUAGCCCCACAUUCCAAAACCCUGUUAUCUCCAGUCAUAACCUAAACAUUGCUGCUGCAGAGAAACCAUUACCUCAGCAGUGAAACAUUACAGAGAGGCCAUUACAUGAGCAGUGAAACCUUACAGCAUGUUACACUUGUGACACACUACCGGGUUCAGACUGGGGAGGAAGUUUCAAUAAGCUUUAUACUGGGUAUUUGUCCAUCACCAUUGCUGAAUGCAAUUUCGAGAGUGACUGUCAGUGCUGAACUCUGCAAUUAUUGCUGCUGCUCACAACACCCAGUUCUGCACUCUGGUCACUGGGCAUUGGAGGAGUUUCUUCUGCAGCAUAUUCAUCUUUAAUGGGACUGGAGUUUAAUAUUCUGGAUCUGAGACAAAUGAAUCAGUUCUAUUUUCAACUCUGUCUUCGCUACUUAGUGAAUUUAUAACACAACUAGUGUACAGUAGAGAGCCAACUCAGGCUGGCUGGAUCCUACCAGUGAUUCAGUUCCAUGACAGUCCUUUUAAAUCCUCCCCUGUGGUUCCCCUCUCGCUCUCCCUGUGGUGAUGAGUUCCAAACAGUCAUCAAUCUGUGGGUGAAGAGGUUUCCCUUGAAUUUUCCGCAGACUGAAGAAACAUAGAAACAUAGAAAAUAGGUGCAGGAGUAGGCCAUUCGGCCCUUCGAGCCUGCACCGCCAUUUAUUAUCAUCAUGGCUGAUCAUCCAACUCAGAACCCCGCCCCAGCCUUCCCUCCAUACCCCCUGACCCCCGUAGCCACAAGGGCCAUAUCUAACUCCCUCUUAAAUAUAGCCAAUGAACUGGCCUCAACUGUUUCCUGUGGCAGAGAAUUCCACAGAUUCACCACUCUCUGUGUGAAGAAGUUUUUCCUAAUCUCGGUCCUAAAAGGCUUCCCCUCUAUCCUCAAACUGUGGCCCCUCGUUCUGGACUUCCCCAACAUCGGGAACAAUCUUCCUGCAUCCAGCCUAUCCAAUCCCUUUAGGAUCUUAUACGUUUCAAUCAGAUCCCCCCUCAAUCUUCUAAAUUCCAACGAGUACAAGCCCAGUUCAUCCAGUCUUUCUUCAUAUGAAAGUCCUGCCAUCCCAGAAAUCAAUCUGGUGAACCUUCUUUGUACUCCCUCUAUGGCAAGGAUGUCUUUCCUCAGAUUAGGGAACCAAAACUGCACACGAUACUCCAGGUGUGGUCUCACCAAGGCCUUGUACAACUGCAGUAGUACCUCCCUGCUCCUGUACUCGAAUCCUCUCGCUAUAAAUGCCAGCAUACCAUUCGCCUUUUUCACCGCCUGCUGUACCUGCAUGCCCACUUUCAAUGACUGGUGUAUAAUGACACCCAGGUCUCGUUGCACCUCCCCUUUUCCUAAUCGGCCACCUUUCAGAUAAUAAUCUGUUUUCCUAUUUUUGCCAUUAAAUUGGGUAACUUCACAUUUAUCCACAUUAAAUUGCAUCUGCCAUGAAUUUGCCCACUCACCCAACCUAUCCAAGUCACCCUGCAUCCUCUUAGCAUCCUCCUCACUGCUAACACUGCCACCCAGCUUCGUGUCAUCCGCAAACUUGGAGAUGCUGCAUUUAAUUCCCUCAUCCAAGUUAUUAAUAUAUAUUGUAAACAACUGGGGUCCCAGCACUGCGCCUUGCAGUACCCCACUAGUCACCGCCUGCCAUUCUGAAAAGGUCCCGUUUAUUCCCACUCUUUGCUUCCUGUCUGCUAACCAAUUCUCCACCCACACCAAUACCUUACCCCCAAUACCGUGUGCUUUAAGUUUGCACACUAAUCUCCUAUGUGGGACCUUGUCAAAAGCCUUUUGAAAAUCCAAAUAUACCACAUCCACUGGUUCUCCCCUAUCCACUCUACUAGUUACAUCCUCAAAAAAUUCUGUGAGAUUCGUCAGACAUGAUUUUCCUUUCACAAAUCCAUGCUGACUUUGUCCGAUGAUUUCACCGCUUUCCAAAUGUGCUGUUAUCACAUCCUUGAUAACUGACUCCAGCAGUUUCCCCACCACCGACGUUAGGCUAACCGGUCUAUAAUUCCCCGGUUUCUCUCUCCCUCCUUUUUUAAAAAAAGUCGAGCUGAUUGCAGUUCUGUCUAAGUUGUUCUUCACCCCUCAAAUCUCUGGGCUGAGGAAGAAUGACAUUGGCAGUGAACCUCCUUAUUCAGGGCUCACUUCCACAUCAUGGGUCAUUUUCCCUGCCUCUGAAGGGUUGUUAGGAAACACCACUGUCCUCUAACGAUUGAAAGCAGUAAGGGAAACCAUUACUUGGCUGUUCAAUGGAGCAGGAUGAGAAAUGUUGAUUCCCAUCCAUAGAUGCUGCCUGACAUGCUGAGCACCUCCACCACUUUGUGUGUAGUUCUCUAGAUUUCUAGCAUUUGCAGGUCCUCUUGUUUCCCAGAUACUUAUAUGUUUCUUGAAUGAACAAGCCAGGAACAUGCUGGUAGUGGGGUUCUCGCUCUGUUGGUAAAAAAUAAAUUAAAUCAUUAGAAAGAGGUGGGAUAGGGUUGGAAGGUGUAGAAUCUCUGUGGGUAGAAUUAAGGAAUAGCAAAUGUAAAGAAAAUCCCUGAUAGGAAUUGUGUAGAGACCUCCAAACAUUGUGGUCCACGAAUUACAAUGGGAGAUAGAAAAUGCGUGCCUAAAGGCCAAUGUUACAAUAGUCAUGGGGGAUUGUCAUGCAGGUGAUUAGGAAAAUUAGGAUGGUGUUGGUCCCAAGAGGAGGAAUUCUUCGAAUGCCUACAAGAUGCUUUUUCAGAGCAGCUCGUGGUUGAGCCCACUUGGGGAUCAGCUAUUCUGGAUUGGGUGUUGUAAUGAACCGGAAUUAAUUAGGUCACUUAAAUUCAAAGAACCCUCAGGGGCAAGUGAUCUUAAUAUGAUCAAAUUCACCCUAACUUUAGAGAAGGAGAAGCUAAAGUCAGAUGUGGAAUAUAGACAAUUAGAGAGGCAUGAGAGAAAAAUUGGUCAAAAUUGAUUUUGAAAGGAACAUGGGCAAGGAUGAAAACAGAGCAGCAAUGGCUGGAAUUUCUGGGAGCAAUUCGGAAGGCACAGGAUAUACACAUCACAAAGAAGAAGUAAUAUUCUAAAGGUAAGGUGAUAAAACGGUGGCUGACAAGAGAAACCAAAGACAAAAGAGAUGUGGAGGCUUUAGCAAUGAUCUUUCAAGAAUCGUUAAGGAAAUUUAUCCUCAGAAGUUUUUUCCUUCACUACUCCCCCUCUCCCAGUUUCACCUAUCACCUACCACUUCUUCCCCCUCUUUCACCCCAACAAUUCUUCCUCUGAUGUCUCAUAUUUUCCCCAGUCCCGAUGAAGGGUCUCGGCCUGAAACGACGACUGUUUACUAUUCCCCAUAUAUGCUCCCUGGCCUCCUAGGUUCCUCCAGCAUUUUGUGUAUGUGUUGCUUGGAUUUCCAGCAUCCAUCAGACCAUAAGACAAAGGAGCAGAAGUCAGCCAUUAGGCCUAUCCAUAGAGUUUCUCCUGUUUUUGAUAAAAGCAAAAGCGGGGACAUAUGAUAUAACAAGAAAAUAGUGGGAAGUUAGAGGAUUGGAAAGCUUUUACAUAACCAACAGGCGACAACUAAAAAAAAACACACAGGAGAGACAAGAUGAUAAAUUAAGGUAAGUGAGCAAAUAACAUCAAGUAUCAAAAGUUGUUCAGAUAUAUGAAGAGUAAAAGAGAUGCAAGAGUUGAUAUUGUACCACUGGAAGAUGGUGCUGGCAAGUUAGUAAUAGAGAAAAGAAAUAGUGGCCGAAUGUAAUAAGAUUUUGUGGCAAUCUUCACUGUGUAACACACUAGCAGUAUAAGACCAUAAGACAUAGGAGCAGAAUUAGGCCAUUCCAUAAGACUAUAAGACAAAGGAGCAGAAGUCGGCUAUUCGGCCCAUCGAGUCUGCUCCGCCAUUCUAUCAUGGGCUGAUCCAAUCUCCCAUUCAGUCCCAUUCCCCUGCCUUCUCACCAUAACCUUUGAUGCCCUGGCUACUCAGAUACCUAUCAAUCUCUGCAUUGAAUACAUCCAAUGACUUGGCCUCCACUGCCGCCCGUGGCAACAAAUUCCAUAGAUUCACCACCCACUGGCUAAAAAAAUUUCUUUGCAUCUCUGUUCUGAAUGAGCGCCCUUCAAUCCUUAAGUCAUGCCCUCUCGUACUAGACUCCCCCACCAUGGUAAACAACUUUGCCACCUCCACUCUGUCCAUGCUUUCAACAUUAGAAAUGUUUCUAUGAGGUCUCCCCUUAUUUUUCUAAACUCCAAAGAAUACAGUCCAAGAGCGGACAAACAGUCCUCAUAUGUUAACCCUCUCAUUCCCGGAAUCAUUCUAGUGAAUCUUCUCUGUACCCUCUCCAACGUCAGCACAUCCUUUCUUAAAUAAGGAGACCAAAACUGCACACAGUACUCCAAGUGCGGUCUUACCAGCGCCUUAUAGAGCCUCAACAUCACAUCCCGGCUCCUAUACUCUAUUCCUCUGGAAAUGAAUGCCAACAUUGCAUUCGCCUUCUUCACCACCGACUCAACCUGGAGGUUAACCUUAAGGGUAUCCUGCACGAGGACUCCCAAGUCCUGUUGCAUCUCAGAACUUUGAAUUCUCUCCCAUUCAGCACCAUCGAGUGUGCUCUGCCGUUCUAUCAUGGCUGAUUCCAGUUCUGAAUCAACCCCAUGAACCUGCCUCCUUGGCAUAUCCUGUAAUGCUCUGACUGAUCAGCAAACUAUUAGCUUCUGCCUUAAAUGUACCCACAGACUUGACCCCCACCGCUGUCUGUGUCAGAGAGUUCCACAGAUUCACUGCUCUCUGACUAAAUAAAAUCCUCCUUAACUACUCUAAAAGGUCACUCCUCAGUUUUGAGGCUGUGCCCUCUGUUAUGGCUACCCCCACCAUACGAAAAGUCCUCUCCUCAUCCACCCUAUCUCGACCUUUCCACAUUCGGCGGGUUUCAGUGAGAUUUACCCCCCACAGCCGCAUUUAUUAAACAUAGGUCAGUACAGGAGUACAGGCCCAAGGCUGGCAAAUGCUCCUCAUAUCUUAACCCCUUCAUUCCCAGAAUCAUCUUCUUGAAUAUCCUCUGGACUCUCUCCAAUGACAACACACCUUUUCUGAGAUAUGGUUCUCACAUACUCUAAUUACGGCCAAAGUAGUGUCUUAUAAAGUACCAGCAUUAUCUCCUUGCUUAUAUAUUCCACUUCACUUUAAAUAAAUGCCAGCAUUGCAUUUGCCUUCUUUACCACGGACUCAACCGUGGAAGUCUUGCCCGAGGAAUCAUAUUUCCUUCUGUACUUCUGUUGUUUGAACCUUCUCCCCAAUCAGAUAAUAGUUCACUAUAGUUCCUUUUGCCAAAAUGCAUUAUCGUACAUUUCCCAAUAUUGUAUUCCAUCUGCCACUUGUUUGCCCAUUUUCAGAUUUGUCUGUGUCCUGCUGCAAUCGCAUUGCUUCCUCAGCACUACCAACGCCUCCACCUAUCUUUGUAUCAUCCGCAAACCUUACCACAAAGCCAUCAAUUCCAUUAUCCAAAUCACUGACAAACAAUGUGAAAAGUAGCGGACCGAAUACUCAGCCCUGAAGACCACUAGUCACUGCUCGCCAACCAGAAAGGGCUCCUUUUAUUCCCAUUCGCUGCCUCUUGGCUGUCAGCCAUUCCUCUAUCCAUGCCAGUAUUUCUUCUGAUCUUUAUCCUUUUAAGCAGUGUCAUGUGUGACACCUUAUCAGAUACCUUCUGAAAAUCCAAGUAAAUGAUAUCCACUGCCUCUCGUUUGUCCAUCCUGCUUAUGACUUCCUCAAAGAACUCUAACAGAUUUGUCAGGCAAGAUUUCCCUGUACAGAAGCUAUGCUGACUUUGACUUACUUUAUCAUUAGUCUCCUAGUAUCCCAAAACCUCAUCUGUUAUGAUUGGUAGGUGGGAAGCCUUCAAAGGGGAAAAUCUGAGAGUGCAGAGUUUGUAUGUUCCUGUCAGGCUUAAAGGCAAAUUGAAUAGGAAUAAGGAACCUUGGUUCUCAAGGAAUAUUGCAACUCUGAUGAAGAGGGAGUUGUAUGAAAUGUAUAGGAAACGGGGUAAAUCAGGUGCUUGAGGAGUAUAAGAAGUGCAAGAAAAUACUUAAGAAAGAAAUCAGGAGGGCUAAAAGAAGACAUAAAGUUGCCUUGGCAGUCAAAGUGAAAGAUAAUCCAAAGAGCUUUUACAGGUAUAUUAAGAGCAAAAGGAUUGUAAGGGAUCAAAUUGGUCCUCUUGCAUGGUUGGCUAUGUGCAGAACCAAAGGAAAUGGGGGAGAUCUUAAAUAGGUUUUUUGCGUCUGUAUUUACUUAGGAAACUGGCAUGAAGUCUAUGGAAUUAAGGGAAACUAGUAGUGAGAUCAUGGAAACUGUACAGAUUGAAAAGGAGGAGGUCCUUGCUGCCUUGAGGAGAAUUAAAGUGGAUAAAUCCCCGGGACCUGACAGGGUGUUCCCUGGGACCUUGAAGGAGACUAGUGUUGAAAAUGCAGGGGCCCUGGCAGAAAUAUUUAAAAUGUCGCUGUCUACAGGUGAAGUGCCGGAGGAUUGGAGAGUGGCUCAUGUUGAUCCAUUGUUUAAAAAAGGAUCGAAAAGUAAUCCGGGAAAUUAUAGGCCGGUAAGUUUAACGUCGGUAGGAAGUAAGUUAUUGGAGGGAGUACUAAGAGACAGAAUCUACAAGCAUUUGGAUAGACAGGGACUUAUUAGGGAGAGUCAACAUGGCUUUGUGCGUGGUAGGUCAUGUUUGACCAAUCUAUUGGAGUUUUUCGAGGAGGUUACGAGGAAAGUGGAUGAAGGGAAGGCAGUGGAUAUUGUCCACAUGGACUUCAGUAAGGCCUUUGACAAGGUCCCGCAUGGGAGGUUAGUUCGGAAAAUUCAGUCGCUUGGUAUACAUGGAUAGGUGGUAAUUUGGAUUACACACUGGCUCAAUGGAAGAAGCCAAAGAGUGGUAGUGGAGAAUUGCUUUUCCGAGUGGAGGCCUGUGACUAGUGGUGUGCCACAGGGAUCAGUGCUGGGUCCAUUGUUAUUUGUCAUCUAUAUCAAUGAUCUAGAUGAUAAUGUGGUAAAUUGGAUCAGCAAGUUGCUGAUGAUACAAAGAUUGGAGGUGUAGUAGACAGUGAGGAAGAUUUUCAGAGCCUGCAGAGGGACUUGGACCAGCUGGAAAAAUGGGCUGAAAAAUGGCAGAUGGAGUUUAAUACAGACAAGUGUGAGGUAUUGCACAUUGGAAGGACAAACCAAGGUAGAACAUACAGGGUUAAUGGUUAGGCAUUGAGGAGUGCAGUGGAACAGAGGGAUCUGGGAAUACAGAUACAAAAUUCCCUAAAAGUAGCGUCACAGGUAGAUAGGGUCGUAAAGAGAGUUUUUGGUACAUUGGCCUUUAUUAAUCAAAGUAUUGAG